AUAAACGCGCGCGGUUGGAAGUGGAAGCGACCGGCGGAGCUGUUCUGUAAACAAACCCGGAGUUUGUGCGCUCAUGGCGGGGAAGGUGGAGAUGAACCGAGCCGAGGACACGUACGUGGUUUCAGACGAGACCUCGGAGGUGGCGGACGGCAGCACUAAGGUGGAGGAGGAUGGAGAAGCCGACGCUCCGGCUGUUUUCCUCUGCGGGAAGUGUAAGCUGCCGCUCGGGGACUCGCUGUGCUGGGCCGGGAGCGACGACGAGACCAAUCAGAUUCUGCUCAGGAGGGUUAACGAGAACAUCGCGAUUGGCAAAGAUCCUUUCGUCUGCUGCACAAAGAGUGAACAAGGCUGCCUUGUGGUAAAUCUCACCUGUCGCGGAUGCUCCACGAAUCUCGGACUCAUGUACACAUCCACCCCAAAGUCCCUGGACUACAAGAGGUCCCUCUUUUGCUUCAGUGUUGAAAAUAUUGAAAGUUAUGUUCUAGGCUCCCCUAACCAGCAGGUGGCAGCGCUGGACCAGGAAGAAAGACCAGUGACGUUAGAAUACCAGGACAACGUGGAGCUCCAGAUAAGCCAGAUCAAAUCUCUGGCAGUUACAAUAGGACAGCGGCUCCUGGAGAUCGAGAUGGACCUUCAGUGCAAGUCGGAGAGCUAACGGGCGUUUCCUUCAUUCCCGCCUGUCCGUUUUCUGUUUGUUCUGUCAUGUUUUUGACAUCUUUAUAUAUCGAAACGUAGUUUAUUAUGUGGAAAACAAGCACACGGCUGUUAACAAUCUUGUUUAUAUAAAGUUUGUGAUUUACCGGCCUUAAAUUAUCAUCGUAACACACCCGGCUGUUCUUAUUAUGUUGUUUAUCGUUGGUGUGGGUUAUCUGUUUGUUUUCUUUGUUUUAUUUCAGACUUAUUUGCAGCAAUUUGCUUCUUAAGCUCUUUCUGUAUAAUCCGAAAUGUUGUGUGUUGUGUUUUUGUUUUUCUUUCCCCUGUUUGUGGGAUUAAAACUCUUUGAUUCAUCUCUAAUAAACUGCUCGGUGGUUAAGCGCA